GUCAUUGUGUCAACGCAGGCAACCGAUGCGGACGCGACAAGCGGUACAUUUCGCUCUGUCGUGCAGCAGCUGCGCGGCCACAGCCUCAGUAAGCGUCGAGUUCGCCACGUGUACGGACACGGAAAAGCACGUAGCGCGCGGCGUGUCGGAAUUGUGUCCGUUUCUUUUGAGAGGAAUGUCGCGUGUGCGAGACGAAAUCAAAAGUGCGACAAAGUAAACUACAGCCAAAAUAACUAAAUAUUAUACAUUUUUUUAUUAUUUUCACAUUUUUUUUUAUGUUUGUGUCUGUGCUGUGUCAUGUAGUAUUGAGAGGAAUAUGCAAGUGUGUGUCACUGUCGGCGACUCAAUGCCGUUAGCCGGCAACUGAGUGCGCGCCAAAAAGAGUGCAAAUCGAAUUUAAAAUAGCGCACAUGUUCGCCACGUCAAUAAGAACAGCAACAACAACAACAACAAUAGCAACAGCUAUUAACAACUACAAAAGACAACAACAAGAAGCAGAAGGAGAGCCCCUGCAAGGCAAUUACAGUUAGAAAUUGGCCAAAGCAAGCGGCAAAGACAAAAAGCCAUUUGAAUACAGUGAAGCACCGUUAAAAAUACCAAGUGCAUGCGUGCAUGUGUUUAUAUACAUAUACGGCUGGAAGGCGUGCGCGCUUAGCAAGCCCAGACCCGGGGAGCUGCAGGUGUCGUCCGAACUACAGCUGCAUUGUGGGUUUUGCGGCUCCGUGAAGCGGUGGACCAGUAGCUGCUGAUAGCACAAAGACAACAACUGGACUGUCACCAGCAGACGCAGCACAAAAUGAGGAGCAUCGGCAGAUGGUUAUGUGGAAUUAUGCCCCAGCCUAGUUGCUGGCUGCUAAUGCUGCUAAUUGUUGGCCAGACUGUUUAUGCCGACCCAAGCGAAUCAACAACGUUGGCCCCACUGACAAUAAAGGCACGCGAUCGAGACCACCAAGCUGAGGUGCACACCACCGCCAACAGCACAGCAUUUGCCACGCCCAUAAGCCAAUUAGACGAUGAGGAGCAGGCGUUGACCAUUUUCCGGACGCCGCGGGCGGGCCGUUAUGAGCGCCAGGUAGAAGAGGAUCAGGUGGACCGUUGCAGGCUAUUCGUUGAGGGAGAUCCCACCAAGAACGAGCUCUACAGCCCCGAAUAUCCCAACCUAUAUCCAAAGAACAUUAACUGCACGAGAGUGAUAACAGCACCGAAGGGACAAAUCAUACGGCUGGACUUUCGCAACUCGUUUAAUAUUGAGGCCAAGGAGGAGUGCAAAUUUGAUUUUCUCGAAAUACGCGAUGGACAAUACGGUUUCUCAACACUAAUUGGCAAAUUCUGUGGCACAGAUUUCCCACCGGAAAUAACCUCGAAAGAGCGGUAUCUGUGGCUGCAUUUCCAUUCAGACGACACCAUCGAAUACACAGGUUUCAGUGCCGUCUACGAGUAUCUCGAUCGAAAUCGAGAGGCGCCCAGCACGGACCUCAAUUGCACCAUUGAGAAGGACGGCUACGAGGGCUUCAUCAACUCAACAGAUGUCCCAGCUGACAUAAGGGAGCAGGUGAUACGCGAUAAGAUUGCUCUUGACUGCAUUUGGCGCAUACAGGUGAAAGACAACUGGAAGAUAUUUUUGAAAUUUUUGGACUUCCAUCUGAGCAAGCCGAAUGACUGCGAGACCAACUUUCUGGAUAUAUUCCCAGAGCAAACAGUAAUGCCAUUAAGAGUGAAAAACUUUUGUGGUUCGGCGGGCGAGAGCAUUACGGCGGAGUCGAACAUUCUGCACAUGCGAUUUUACGCGGAACAAAGUGCGAUUAAUUCAACAUUCGCAAUUCUGUACACAGCAUUCCGGGACCGUGGAACGGGAACCUGCACCGACGACGAGUACGAUUGCGAGGACGCGACCUGCAUAUCAAGCGAUUUAAAGUGUAAUGAGCGGGACAAUUGUAAAUUUCGCUGGGACGAGGAGAAGUGUUCGAGUGAAACGACUGGCCAAUCCGAGCAUGUGGUCAUCAUCAUCAUCGUAUUUGGCUUAAUACUUGGCGGCAUGGUCAUCACCUUUAUCGUCAAUUGCAUACGCAAGAUCAUACGGGAUCAGAAGAUAAUACGCGAGCACAUACGCGAGUCCAAGGAGAGCAAACUGGACGAGGUGGGUCGCAACUCCAAGGCGCGCUCGCGCGAAAACAUAUCAAGACAAAAGCAUUCGCAGACAUCAUUACAAAUUCUCGAUGACGUUUCGAAUCGUUACUAUCGCGAGGCGGUGCCCAUAUCUACACAGUCGAGCAAGGCUGACUUUAAGGAGAAGGAGCAUAGCAUAUUACGUCGCCAUCCAGAUAUGACCCAAACAAGCCUAUGCGGUGGCAUCGAUGGCGACGAUGGCGAGUCCUCAUCGACGACUACGGGAACGCAUGACAUGAUGAUGACAAAGGCAGCUAUUGCGACCGCACCGGUUAAUGCCUGCGAUAUGGGCUGUCAAACGAGGGAAUCGCUGUUUGCGAACAGCCCUAGCGCCGUUGCGACGCUAAUGAGACAAAAGUCCAGCUCAUCAUCGCUGGGCGGUGGCAGCGCAGCGGGCGCUGCCAUGCCGCCGCCGCCGCCGCGGUUCUUUUCCACAUUCGGCUAUGAGCAGGGCACGGCACCGGGCCUGGUAGCCGUGUCGCCAUCGCUGCCAGCGACCACACCACCGCCACCGGCACAGAUGCUGGGCACACUGGCCCGUCGCAGCCAAAUGCACAUGCAGCAGGCACCGUCGCAGCACGAGUCGCUCGAGCUGGAGGAGCGGCACAGCGGCGUGGGCAGCAUGGGCCAGCGGUCGCAUUAUGGCGUGAUAGUGGCCUCCGUUGUCAAGCCGCAGGAGAUCUGCCACCAUCAUCAUCAGCACCAGCAGCACCACCAGCAGCAGCAGCAGCAGUUGCAACAGCAGCAGCAGCAGCAGCAGCAGCAGCAACAGCGCUCACAUCAUGCACAUCCUGCGCACCAACAUCAGCAGCACCAGCAGCAGCAUAUACUGCAACAGCACCAGCCACCGAACAUUGCAACGCGGCAAAUGCAGCUACAGAAGGGCCACGGCCAGUUGCAUGGCCAGACGGUGCUGCCCAGCAGUAAGGCGGGCGGAGGAGCCGCUGCCGGCAAACAGCAGAAGAACGAAGAGUCCAAAGUGUUCAUCGACAUACGGAAUUCAGCGCCAGACGUGAUUAUCAUGACGUCCCAUUGACAUUUAAGGAUUGCCCGCCAAUCAGCAACAGCAACAGCAGCAGCAACAACAAUUGUGACCAGCAGCAACAACAAGAGCAACAACAGCGUGGACAAAAACAACGGAACAAUGGCUGGCAUAUUAACCACAGCCACAGCGGCGCCGUUGACACGACACGGACAUGCACACGGAUACGGACUCGGACACGGACACCUACAUGGACGCGGACAUGGACACGGCGUGGCGCAAUCAGGCAAACGAAUAGCAAACGCCACGUUUCCGGCCGGAAGCGAGUGUCGCAUUCAGAUGCAUUUUUGGCUUUAAAGCCAGGUAAUUUUAAUUCUUUCGGCUUGUUUUUCACCCACUUUCGGCUCACAACAUUGUCUCAAAUUGCGCCGGCAGCUGGGCGUUCGGCCUCUUUGCUGUUUGCCAACCAAAUCGCCAGCAAGUUCCUCGCCGAAAACAAUGAGAGGACAGACAGACACAGACAGACACAUACACACACACACACACACACACACACUCACACACAAGCAGAGAGCACUUAGAAGACAUGUAUAUGUAUAUAAAUAGUCGCUGCUGUCCAGAGCCAUGUUUAGCUCGCAUACGUGCAGACACUAAGCAGACGCUUGACAACGUGGCGUAUGAACAACAUGUGCCAGGACGACGACGUCGACGACGACAACAACGAGAACAGCCACAGCGACAACUCGAAUUUACACACAAACGUUGACCACCAAGUGGACAUUGUCAGCUGCAUUCUGUUGCCUCGACAUAGUCAACCUCCCCUUUUCUCCUAGCCCUGCUCCAGCCAGGCUCCUGUUGCUUAACUUGCGGCUUUCAGAAACUUCUUCUUCAUUUACAUGCAUGACGAACGUGACACGGCGAUGGCGAUGGCGAUGGCGAUGUUGCCGUCGCAAAGCAAUUCCCGGGUAACAGGCCCGGGUCCAGGGAGUGGGUCAGCAGACAGAGUCCAUCCAUCACGUGCACGUGCAGCACGCUAGCCUCUCUAUACCUCUCCCCAGACCUUCCCCUUGCCCACUCACUGCCGCAAUUUGCGUGAAAACAGUUUUUAAGUGAUUUUCUGUGCAUUUCCCCUCUCAGCUCAUCCUUGUUAGAGUUGUUGCGAGAGAUGUUGUUGUAGAGAGAUGUUUUAAUCAUUUAAUUAAAUUGUUUUUAAUAACGCCACCCGCAACUACCCCCAACCACGUACCCAGCAGGAUGAGGACAACUGCUAAUUGGACAGACUCACAUAUUUCAACGUCAAUUUGAUUCUCGGACUGCGUUCUGAAUUCAUGAAUUUGAUGCACAGUCAUCAUCGACAUCGCCCCAACCAAGCUCAUUCAAGCGUUCAAGUGUAGCUUAUUUCUGCUUUUUACGCUUUUCACUCUCCAUCAGGUUGGGGGAAAACUGUCAACUCACAAUUAGCACGGUCACCAUAUUGCGUUGGCGGUCAACGUUUUUCACAGUGCGCCAAUUGAAGCCGAAAAAUUCCCAUCACGACGUGUUCCAGCAUUCACUUUCGUCGAGCAUUUUUGUAACUCUUUCGUAUCAUAUAAUUUUCAAUUAUCUUAUUUUAACAUUAAAUAAUAUUCUUAAAUUCUAUUUAAAUUCUCAUCUAGAGAAAUGAGCAUCAAUAUCUAAACGAUUUAGUUCUUCGAACUGAAAGAAUACAUGACGCAAAGAAUACAUGACGGAUACAACAAACAGAAAUUGUUUGGUGCAAUUUCUAAAAACAAUACUAUUUUUAAGAAUGUUAAGAUUAAGAAAAACCUUUUUUUUAAGAAGAAGAAACACAAUGAUGACUUUGUCAGCAAUUUGAAAAUAUUUGUAUCAAUGUUUCUUCUACAUAAAUAAUUCAUAAUUCAAGCUCUUCCAAAUAGGAAUUUUCCGCUUUGAAAAAUUGAAAGAUUUGAAUGUUGGAACAGACGGUCGCAGUGGCUGAGGGGCUGCGGUGCAGAGGGGCGUGGCCGAUAGCCCGGUACAAUGCCAAAAAUGCCAAGCAAUUUGAUUGAUUGAAUUGAAAGACGAACAGCGACACGGCCAAUGAUAAGCACGAGAGCUAGGGAGGUAUAGGAGACAAGGGAUAACAGAUUAGGAACCGAUUGCCCUGUGGGCUGGGCAGAGGGGUUCAAUGGCAAAAACCACUCAUUACUCUUAACUUGAUGCGCUUGUCAUGCAGCCUUGCACUUUGAAGAACAAAUCAUUAGCAGGAUUAGAGGGUGAUUACAAACGGUCUGCGCUCACUUGAGGCAAAGUCACAGGCGUUAGAUAAUUUUUGUAUAUGCUUAAAAGGCGACCUGGCUCAAAUGCGGAGACAGUUGGACACAUUAUGAAUGCCAGCAUCAAAUAGAAUUUUCAUUCUCUGACCGCAAAACUCAUUAAAAAUAUGGAAAAAUGUUUCGUUUUACAUUUUACUUGCUAAAAAAACACGUAACCUGGGUUAACCUGUAUGGGGUUUACUUUUUGACGGCAAUUGAGAGGGGCAGAGAGGGAGCGAAAAAAAUAUGCUGGUUCAUUAUUACAAUUAUUUUUUAUACGCCAUUUUCAGUUGAUUUUUUGUUGGCUGACCGAAUUCAUGUGGAAUCCAAGAGCAAAUGUUAAAAGCAUUUGCUGCACCCGCCAUAUAGGGGCGAUAAUAAUAUAAAAUUGAUUACGCUUUUUACACCCUAUUGCUGGCCCAAGUUUAAUAUAUAUAUAUAGAGGCAUGCGGCAUGCAUACCUAUUUGUGGUAUUCCUCAUCAAUUUGGGCAUAUGUAUUUGUGCAGCAGGUGUUUUUUUUAUCCUAGAAAUGUUGAACAAUUGAGCAGCGAGGUGUAAUACAUUUGUUUUUACGCUUCUAUUUUUUUAGUUUUUUUUUUUUUUACCUUAAGCUCUUGUUCAUAAACUGCAAAGUUGCACAGACAUGCUGCGGGCUUUGGAUAAUACUACAUAUGCUAUCGUAAAUGUGAGUUUCUGUACAUUAAGUUGUCAUCAAAUUCUGGCCAAAGCACACUUAGCUAAUCUAAUUUCAAUAAAGUUUAACUUGAGCUGAAAUUAAAGCCUAGCUUUGGCUAAUGAGUUGAGAUAAAUAUAUAUACUUUUCUUUAGUUUUUAAUUCAUUCGACUUUAGUGAAAUUGUGUAAAUAUAAGCAAAACUAACCAAGCAAGCGACGCAGGCGGCUCCAAAUCGAGCUGUUCUUCACUUGUCAGAGAUUUAGCGAUUUUACUACAAUAAUUAAAUUACAAGUAUUUUACUCGUAAUUGUCUACUAGAUAAAUAAGCCUUUGGAUAAUACUAUAGUUUUUUUGUAAAGCAAAUUUUUUUGUAAACGAGCAACGCAUACUUCAAGUAUA